AUGGAGGACUGGGAAACCGCACAAGAGACAAUAAAAGCAGAUAUCAAUCAGUUAAAGGAUCAAGUAGGUCAAAUCUUGGAGGCCUUGAAGUCCUUAAGGGUUUCAGGAGAAGCUUCAUCAGCAAAGGGUGAGAAAAGCACUCACGACGCUCCUUUUGCUUUUCCAACGUACGGAUUGCCAUUGGGUUACACCACACCUGUUGGAGAAUAUUCAGAGGCUGAACAUGCUUCCUUCUCAUUCCCAAUCAAUACUCCAAGAAAUGAAGUGACUACCUCUGCAGAACCACGAGUGAUUGUAAUACCCAAGCCUUUAAACACAAUUGUCGAUGAUGACUCUUUGGGCAAGAUUACACCACACCCUACUAUGCAAGCCGUAUCCGUUGAUGUUGAGGGAACCAAAACUAAGUUGGAAAUUUUAGAAGAACGACUACGAGCUAUUGAGGGAGGUGGAAACUAUGGGUUUGGCGAUAUUGCCGGUUUAAGCCUAGUUCGUGAUGUCAAAAUACCUCACAAGUUUAAAGUUUCAAAGUUUGAAAAGUACAAGGGUACCACAUGCCCUAAAAGCCAUCUAACCAUGUAUUGUCGAAAGAUGACUGCCUAUGCUUAUGAUGACAAAUUGCUAAUCCACUUCUUCCAAGAUAGUUUGUCUGGGAUAGCAUUGAAUUGGUAUACACACUUGGAAGCAUCUCAUAUUCGUUCUUGGAUGGAUUUGGUAGACACCUUUUUGAAACAGUACAAGUAUAACAUGGAUAUUGCGCCAGAUCGGUUGCAAUUACAAAACAUGGCCAAAAGGGAUGCUGAAUCAUUUAAGGAGUAUGCACAACGAUGGAGAGAGCUUGCUGCUCAGGUGGAGCCUCCUCUUCAUGAUAAGGAAAUGGUGGCAAUGUUUGUGAGCACGUUACAACCACCAUUCUAUGAACACAUGGUAGGGAAUGUAUCUUCAAUUUUUGCUGAUAUCAUCAUCAUAGAGAUUGGGCUAAAAAAUGGAAAAAUUACAUAUAGCCCGCUUGCGGCUACAACUCCUAAAAAGCCUGAUUUCAGUCUUGGGAAGAAGAUGGAAGUAGAGGGAUCAUAUCAAUCACAACACAAUAACACUUGGAAAACUGAGGCUAACACAAAUCCCAACCAGUCUUUGGGGCAAAUCACUAGUCCUAGAAGGAAUCAAGAAAAGAAUUAUAUUCAUUUCACUCCUAUUCCUGUGACUUACACAGAGUUAUUGCCGGAUCUACUCCGUAAUGCUUUGGUAGCUAUCUGCCCAAUGAAGCCUUUGGAGCCACUAUACCCUAAGUAUUUUGAUGCAAAUGCCACAUGUGAUUAUCACGGGGGAGCCAUUGGUCACUCUACUGAGAAAUGUUUGUCUUACAAACACAAAGUGCAAGCUUUAAUCGACUUAGGGUGGUUAAAAUUUCAAGAGAAUAAACCCAACAUUAAGGUCAAUCCCCUCUCUGGGCAUGAUAAUGCCUCAAUAAAUGCUAUUGAUCUCGAGGGACAUAAGUUGGUGAAGAAUGUGAGCGAAAUUAAGAGUUCGCGAAAGUUUAUUUUUGAGGCACUACUAACAGUAGGAUUAUUGGGAGGUGAAUAUAACUUAAGGGAUGCAUGCGGGUUCCAUCCAGGUGCUGAACAUUCCAUCGAGGCGUGCAAAAAGUUCGAAAAUUUUCUACAGAAUUUGAUCGACAAGAACUUCGUGCAAGUAUGUUGUGGGGACAAAGAGGACAAGAGGAGGCUGGUAGAAGAAAAGAAUGAGCUAGGCCUAGCUCGCAUAGAAGGACGAGAACGAAAGAAAGGGAAGAUUUGCAUCAGUGACAUCAAAGAGAGCUUCCGCAGUGUUAGAUGGAUUAACGCUUGUCAGAUAUCACCAUCGAGGAUGGAAAUGGAUUGGAAACCUUAG